AACAAACUACUUAAAAUGAUGAAACUUGAGAACUGAGAAACAUUAAUCUAUUGCCUUAGAGGCCACUAGUUAAAUAUACUAGUAAUAUGCAUUUGUGAAAGAGCUAAAACUUGGUGUAUAAAUAAGCAUUUCGAUUUCAGCUUCUUCAUCAAUCACCAUAGCACAUCGAUCAUGAUUUUCAUCUAUAUAUUUCUCUUUCUCUCCUCAGCCAUUAUAGAUUCAAAUGGGUUUGCAAUGGCCCAAAAGUUGGAGGCUAAGGGUGGGAAAGGGGGCAAGGAAUGGGAUGAUGGAGCCGGCCAUGAUAAUGUAGCAAAAGUUUAUAUACGAGGUGGUCUUGAAGGCAUACAAUACAUCAAAUUUGAUUAUGUCAAAGAUGGACAGUCUGUAGAGGGAUCAAUCCAUGGUGUUUCGGGUAGUGGUUUCACACAAAUGUUCGAGAUUGACUAUCAAAACGGUGAACAUAUUGUAUCUGUUGACGGUUACUUUGACAAAUCCGGUGUGAUGCAAGCACUUGAAUUCAAAACCAACCGGAAGACCUCUGAAGUGAUUGGAUACCCAAAGAGUAAUACAAAGUUUUCACUUGGUGGGGUAAACGGAAAGAUGAUCAAUGGCUUCCAUGGAUCCGCGGGGAAAGCCCUAAAUUCCAUUGGAGCGUAUUUAACAAAAGUUCCUCCUACUAAGUCAGAACUCGUAGGUGGUUGGGGCGGCGACUACUGGGAUGAUGGUCCUAAUUAUGAUGGCGUAAGAAAGGUGUAUGUUACUUACAUGAACACUUGUAUAAGGAGUAUCAACAUCGACUACGAAAAAGACGGACAAGUUGUGACAAGUUCCCACGGGAACAAGGAGGGAGAGACAGAGGAGUUUGCGAUAGACUAUCCAAAUGAAUUUUUGAUAUCAGUGGAGGGUACGUACGACUCAAUCCUAUUCCCCGAUCAUUACGUUUUGGUCAUUACGUCCUUGAGUUUCAAAACAUCGAAAGGUAGAAUAUCUCCCACAUAUGGGGUUGUGUCUGGUACCAAAUUUGUGCUGGAGAGCCAAGGUAAUGCAAUUGUCGGAUUCUAUGGGAGAAAUGGUGGUGCUUUCGAUGCUAUUGGGGUUUAUUUCUCUCCGAUAUGAUUUCUUCGUAAUAUUAAGCUAUGAAGGCUACUAAACGUAUAUGGUUCCACUGAAAAACUUACCAACAACUUCACCAAUUUUAUCAUGUUGUUUUAUAAUGCUCACAUCUAUUAAUAAAUAUUUACUAUAUGAUGUUCCUCAUCUUCUUUAAUUUCACAUUGUAUUUCGAGUUUGCAAAUCUAUGUAAUAAAAUAAGGGUCUCUAUUUCGGUAUUAUAUAAAAUAUUUUAUAACAUUGGA